ACCUUGCUUAUACGGAUCAAUGGGGAAGGAGGAAUUCUGAAUAUAUCUCACUUGGUUGUGAUACUCUUCCUGUCCUUAAAGGAAGGACCCCUGUUCAAUGUUACUCCGACUUCAUGAGAGCAUUUAGAGAUAGAUUUGAGAAUCUACUAGGAGACACUAUUGUGGAAAUUCAAGUUGGCAUGGGUCCAGCUGGAGAGCUACGUUAUCCAUCCUACCCUGAGAAAGAUGGAGUGUGGAAAUUUCCCGGUAUUGGAGCUUUUCAGUGUUACGACAAGUACAUGCUCAGCAGCUUAAAGUCUGCGGCUGAUGAAUUUGGCAAGUUUGAGUGGGGUCAUACUGGUCCGACAGAUGCAGGUGAAUAUAACAACUGGCCAGAAGAUACAAACUUUUUCAGGAAAGAAGGUGGUGGUUGGGAUUGUCAAUACGGUGAGUUCUUCCUCACAUGGUAUUCUCAAAUGCUUUUGGACCACGGCGAGAGAAUAUUGCAAUCCGCCAAAGCUAUAUACGAGAACAAGGACGUCAAGAUAUCAGUUAAGAUUGCAGGUAUUCAUUGGCACUAUGGAACACGGUCCCAUGCCCCUGAACUCACAGCAGGGUACUACAAUACCUGUUUCCGAGAUGGUUACCUUCCUAUCACUCAGAUGCUCGCCAAACACGGCGCUAUUUUAAACUUCACUUGUAUUGAGAUGCGAGAUCACGAGCAGCCACAGGAUGCACAAUGUGCACCUGAGAAGUUGGUUAGGCAGGUAGCAUUAGCCACUCGGGAAGCUCAAGUUACACUAGCUGGUGAGAAUGCUUUGCCUCGAUAUGAUGAGUGUGCACAUGAGCAGAUCCUCCAAGCAUCCUCAUUGAAUAUCGACAGCGAAUUUGAUGAUAGAGAAAUGUGUGCAUUUACUUAUCUGAGGAUGAAUCCAGAUCUUUUCCAACCUGACAACUGGAGACGGUUUAUUGUAUUUGUGAAGAAAAUGAGUGAAGGAAAGGAUGUGGACCGGUGUUUGGAACAAGUGGAGCAUGAAGCCGAGCAUUUUGUACAUGUUCAUCCUCUAGUGCAAGAAGCUGCUGUUGCCCUGAGCAUCUCAAGGGUUGCUCCUCGGAUGAUCAGCCAAGUAAUAGUUAUUAUCUCAUAAAAUCACCUUUCUUGAUUCUAAUUUCAUUGAACAAAGAAAGUGACUUUCUUCAAAUAAUAAUUAUUAGUUGAGUGAUCAUCUGAGAAAUCAAUUUAGCAUCUCAGCUGCAUACGUCUACAAACGAUACACAUUAUCAUGACCUCUGUAUUGUGCAGUUCUGACUGGGGGUUUCUCGGCUCUGUUCUGCCACUUAUGUAUGAAAUGUAUUAUAGUGCAAUCUUAGAAGAUUGGAAUAUCAUAUUUUUGAUGAUUAGCCAAUCCUGGAAGAUUGAAAUGUGCUGUCUCUAAUUUUAGGUUUCUGAAUAAAAUAGUAUGUACCCUCCUUUAUCUCUUUAUCAAAAUCAAAGCAGAAUCAAUCUUCAGAGAAAUGCAAACGUCUCUUGAAUACGCUUCAUCUUUUCCAUUAUCUGUCCAUUUAUUCGAUUCGUCUAAAUUUAAAUUGAUCCAACAUUUCUUGGCGCUUUUUGAGCCUUUCUUUGUAAAGGGGUAUGAGAUAUAUACAGGCAUAAUGAAAAUUUUUACACAAUUUUAACAUGUGAUACAUAGUAAGUUACUAAUUUUACUAGGUUACCGCUUAUCAGAGGCGUAUCUUGCACUCUAGGUAGGGGUUAAAUUGAACCCCGGCAUUUGACGCGGAGCAUAAAUUUAUGUGUAAAAAAAUUAAUAAAAUUGUAACAAAUACUCACUAGUAGAUAUAAAAGUAUAAUAAGUUUAAUGCUAAGAAUCUUAAAAUUGAUCUCAUAGAAUAUAAAUCCUGGAUCCGCCUUUAUCGCUUAUAUAAUUACUUUAUAAGUAUCCUGAUUAGGUAAAAUUUCUUACACCAUCGUCCAUAAAAUUUGAACUCUUUUCUAAAAUACUACUACCAAAUGUCAAGAUCCAAUGCUAGAGGAAAGUUCCCUAGGUUAUGCCAAAACUGUCCUUUGUUCACAUGGUAUGCUUUUUAUCUCCAGAAAGAUAUUGACUUUGCUCUUAAUAAAUAAAUAAAUAAUGUUACUGGUAGGUUCUGUGAUUUUAUCAAUCCCAAAAACAUUGCAUGUUCUUUUAAUUAAACUAUUUAAAAACUAAACCUAAUUCUUUUCACCCAUUUGAGCAACUCAAACUAAAAUCUAAAAAAUUGUAAUCUUCGAUAAUUAGAAAAUUUAUAUACUGUAUAGAAUUAAAUACCAUUUCCAAGUCUUUUAAUAUAAUAUCUAUAAUUUUCUUGUAUAGUGACAUAGUAAUGCAUUGGAUCUUCUAUUAUUAAGUUUUUAUUUCACUAUUUCAAGUUACAAUUCAUUUUAAUUUUUCAGCAAAAGUUUUCUUAUAAUCUCUAAAAAAUUACUAUAUGUAUCACAAAGUUACAAAUAGAAAAGUUCAUUAUUUCCUUAUAUAUUCAUGAACUUUGUCUAAUGUUUUGGAACUUUUAAUUAAACUAUUUAAAUCUUCAUAUCUACCUAUAAGUUUUUUAC